CGAGACUUGAGUAGGACCUAUUUAAACAUCGGCCAAUGUCCGUGAGUUCACUAUCAUUCAUUCACUCUCGGAUUGUGGAGACAGUUCAAGAAAAUGGCAGCUGGAAAUGCACACAUUGGGAAACCUGCUCCAGAUUUCACAGCCAAAGCGGUGAUGCCUGAUGGACAGUUUGGAGAUGUCCGUUUGUCAGACUACAAAGGGAAGUAUGUGGUGCUGUUCUUCUAUCCACUGGAUUUCACCUUUGUGUGUCCCACCGAGAUCAUCGCAUUCAGUGAUGCUGCUGAGGAGUUCAGGAAGAUCAACUGCGAGAUCAUUGGUGCUUCUGUUGAUUCUCACUUCUGCCAUCUUGCCUGGACAAAAACACCUCGGAAACAAGGUGGCUUAGGACCAAUGAAUGUCCCUCUGGUGGCAGAUACUCUCCGCUCCAUUUCUAAAGACUACGGUGUACUUAAAGAAGAUGAGGGUAUUGCAUACAGAGGUCUUUUCAUCAUUGACGAUAAAGGCAUUCUGCGGCAGAUUACUAUCAACGAUCUGCCAGUCGGUCGCUCCAUUGAUGAAACCCUGCGCUUGGUGCAGGCCUUUCAGUUCACCGAUAAACAUGGAGAAGUUUGCCCUGCCGGAUGGAAGCCCGGAAAGGACACGAUUAAGCCCGAUGUCAAUCAGAGCAAAGACUUCUUCUCCAAGCAAAACUAAAAAAGGCACUAGACUGUGCAGCGUAGUAUAAUAAACAGGCGUAAUGUGAAUUAAUGCUACUGUACGUCCAUUUACAAGUCAUUAUUAUUAUUAUUAUUAUAUAGUGUUAUAUAUAUUGUGAGAAGUUGUAGGACCAAAGUGCGUCAGACUUGUUGAAGUGUAUUGAAACAUUUGAGUUGGUUUGUUGAACAUGUUACCUUUUGUGAAAAGAGAUGUUAUAUAGUGAUGACCUUUUGACUGUAUCGUCAACAGUUGCAUUUCAAACAAUAAACGCAUAUUUUUAAAAAAA